GAACAUGUUUAUUUAAUUAAUAUAUUGUUUUAUAGAGAGCGAUAGGCUUAUAAAUCUCCAAGUCCAACAGUGUACUCUACUCAGACGUUCACCAACUGGUAUACGGCGUGCGAAUUGCGAUGUUGGGAACACAUCACCUCCACCUGAUAGCGAUCCUCUUUCUCCUGCCAUGCUCGUGCUCAAGUGCAAGUAGUUACAUCCCACAAGAGCUUCACAAAGGCUUCACGGCGUCGCCGGAGUCUUCAACGGCGUCGUUUCAGGCAGUUCUGAGCGACCCAAGCGGCAACUUCUCUCUAGGGUUCCUCCGCGUGAACCAAAACCACCUGGCACUGGCCAUCCUCCACGUGGCAUCCUCAGAGCCAUUCUGGCUGGCCAACCCAACCCACGCCGCCUCCUGGUCCCACACCACUCGCCUCUCCUUCAACGGCAGCCUCGUCCUCACGGAUCCCGAAACGCGCGUUUGGUGGUCAACCGCCACAAACGGUGACCGCGCGCUUCUCCUCAACAACUCCAACUUGCAAAUCCAAACCAGAGCCCAAGGGACUCCUCUCUGGGAGAGUUUUAAUUUUCCCACAAAUACCCUCGUCCAGGGUCAAAACUUCACCUCUCACAUGACCUUGCUCUCUCUCCCUCCCAACGCUUUUUACUCUCUGCGGUUGGGCGACAAUUUCAUGGGACUAUACGAGAACCGCCACUUCUUGUAUUGGAAACACACAGCACUGGAAACAAAAGCGGAAAUAAAAGAAGGACAGGGACCCAUUUACGCGCGAGUCAACUCGGAGGGUUACCUCGGGAUGUAUCAAACAAACGAUAAACUACCCGCGGAUGUUCAGAAGUUCAACAGCUUCCAACAGCCAGUCACAGCGGCCUCGUUUUUGUUGGUGCGCUUGGAACCGGACGGGAACCUCAGAGGCUACUACUGGGACGGUUCCAACUGGCUGCUUAACUACCAGGCUAUUACUGAAACCUGCGACCUCCCCCGCCCCUGCGGUUCCUACGGUUUGUGCACGCCUGGCGGCUCUGGCUGCUCCUGUUUGGAUAACCGGACCCGGUUCGAACCGGGUGGGUGUUUCAAUCAUGUUAGUGGAGACCUGUGUGGUGGAAGAAAGAGUUACCGCGUGGUGAGAAGGAGCGGCGUGGAGCCACCGCAUAAGGAGUUAGUUAGUCACGUGACGACGUCGUCUUUGGCGGAGUGUGAAUUGUUGUGCCAGAAUAACUGCAGCUGUUGGGGAGCCUUGUAUAGCAACUCCACCGGGUUUUGUUACGUGUUGGAUUACCCGAUCCAGACCAUGUUGGGUAGCGGGGAUGGGUCCAAAGUGGGUUAUUUCAAAGUUACAAAGGAGGAGCGCGGGAAGAUGAAUCGGGUUUGGGUUGUGGUAACGGUUUUGGUGGUGGUUGGGAUUGUUAUUAUCGGGGGUGCAGUUUGCAUGACGAGGUGGAAAAAGAGGAAUGGGGUGAAGGAGGAUGAUUGGGCUUCGCCCGGCCCGUAUAAGAAUCUUGGAUCGGCGAGUUUUAGAUCCAUUGAGAUGUCCAGUAAUGGGAAAUGACGCAAGGGGUGACGUGUGAUUCAUCUUGUGAUAGUAUUUCCCUUUGACUAUUUGUUUUGUGGCACUUGCGAAGAAUGAUAGUGGUUGGCGCACCUCCGCAUGUCAUGUGAUGUGAUGUGACUUGGCUCCACGAGUGCUUUUGAGUUUUGACAUUUCCUUUUUUUAUACAAAGCGAUUGACUCCCAGCCAAGUGGAUCGCUACAGGAUGUGUUUGUUUUUCUCACCAACCAGCCAGGGAAAGGCAAGUGCGGUGAAUGAAACCAAACCAUACCAAACCAUACCAAAGAUGAUGAUUUCACUACUACAGUAUUAUUUGAGGGUGGAAAAAUCAAUCAGCAUCAGAGACUGAACUUAAUAAAUUCUUGUCUAGUUUUGCUGAGGCCAUGGUGUUUUUUAUAUUGCAAUUUGACUUCAAAAUGCGGCCGCUUCACGUGUAAUUAUUGCAAUUCGGCAUUUUGAUAGUUGCAUCCUUAGGCCUUUUUUUCUUCUGCAUUAAGAUCCAAUUAUUCAUUAUUCAAAGCUAUUCUGGUUAACGUCUAGCUCCAUGUAUCAGAUUGAUCCCAGAGUUUGAUAGUUGCAUCUUUUUCUCAAUAAAACUUUUAUACUGCUUCAUUCA